AGGAGGAGAAGGCCUCGACGUUUCUUGAGCGAUCUUUAACAAGAGACCCCCGGGCGGACUCGUCCCUCGCAAAAGCAUUCUUUUCACCCCAAAUCGCCCCGUAUUUUUCCGCCGGGUCGAUGCCGAACGUCGUAGACUUUCGGGCCUCCCGCAGGGCGUCGGCGGCGGCGAGACGCUCUGCCCCCCCGAUGCCCCGCUUCGACCGGAUCCCGCGACCGUCGGCCUCGAAGAUGCUGAGCGAAUCGGCCAGGCUGCUGUCGUUCUCCAAGGGGUGGCCCCGGUCGUCCCCCGUGCGGCCCGCGGACUUGGCGCGGGCCGGACUCUACCGCAUGGGCUUCAGCGACCUGGUGGCCUGCUUCCGCUGCGGCGGGAUGAUGCAUCGCUGGGAGGAGGGGGACGACCCCGCUCGGGAGCACGCCAGGCACUUCCCCGCCUGCGCUCGCGCGGCCCCGUUGCCGCCGGCCACUCAGGAUGGCGCCGACUCCGGACUGAGUCCAGAGAUGCGUUCGUUCGGGGCGCGACUCAGAUCUUUCGCGAGCUGGCCGUACACCGCCAAUGUGUCCCCGCCUGAACUGGCCUACGCAGGCUUCUACUAUUCCGCAGCGCCAUCAACUGAGGAGCUUCUGGACAAGCUGGAAGAGCGGCUGUCCUGCAAGGUGUGCAUGGAGCGCGAGGUGUCCACGAUGUUCGUGCCGUGCGGACACGUGGCCACGUGCGGCCACUGCGCCCUCUCCCUGAGCCGGUGUCCCGUGUGCCGCGUCGCCGUGAAGACGUCGCUCCGGGCCUUCGUGGUUUAG